AUGCCCAUGGAAAUCCACCGCUUGCCGAGCGCACGAGAGUUGAGACGCAUCGCUUAUUCGACCCACCUGGAAGACACCCUGAAUAUCCUGAGCGACGCACCUAGCGAUAGGCAAUCCAGUUGCCAUCUGACUUCGCAAGAUGAAGCCCUUGCCUCCAGAGGUCUUACCGAUGUGGGUAAUCCACAAGAUACACUGUGUCAGUUCUUUGAGCUCCUUCCGCGCGAGAUCAGAGAUGAGAUCUAUCGCUACGCACUCGGAAAUCUCAGCGCUGCCUUUAUGCACGAUACUUAUAAAGCACAAAUCCCAUGGAUGCGCUUGAGCAAGCAGAUGUACCAGGAGGCUACCGAGGAAUUCUAUCAUCUGGCUCGCUUCAACAUGGACCUGGACAUGCGCUACAAGUUUCCUCACGUCAAAGGCGUCACACGACAGGUCAAGAUACGCCACGCUCCCGCACUUAUCCGCGCGAGAUUUCUUUCAGUAGUGAAUCUAACUGUAUUAAAUCUUCGCCAAACGGAAGGCUUGAUCGAGACUCUGCAUUUCGACGAGGAAACCGAGCAGUACAAAACAUUAGUUGAUCUCUUCCCACGCAUGGUUGCAUUGCGACAACUUGAGAUCCAAAUGAAACUCAGAGUCCCGCCAUGUGACGAGUUCUGCGAUACCGAGUACCGACCCUCACUCUCGUUCAUCCGAAGUCUACCUCGUGCGUCUCUGGCAAGAUUAUGCGUCGAAAUCGAGUAUGCUUAUGAGACAUAUCAUCAUAACCCCACCGCUUGGACGCUUGCCGCGAAUAAUGUCGUCAGUAGGCUCUCUGAUCCUCUCCAGAGAGAGGUCGAAAAAUGCGCACUGCAUGCAGUUAGGGGUGACGAUCAUCAGUGGAAAGAGUGGAAAGAGGAGCUUGCACCUAAUGUGAGGCGAUUUACCCAUCUCUCGCUAGGUUUUGAUAUCACUAUGGCCAACUAUAGGUGA